AGUCGGAACGAAGGAUUUUUACUCAGCCAGCGAGCUAGCCUAGAGAGACCCCGGAGUCUGUGAGCGAGGCCGCCGAGACCACGCCGCUGGAACUGCGCCCAAGACCCCUGCCUUCCGCUUUCCUCUUUCUCUUGCAGCCAUCCGCCUACAAAGACAUGACCACCAACGCCAGGCCCUUGCACCCAUACUGGCCUCGGCACCUGAGGCUGGACAACUUUGUGCCUAAUGACUGCCCCACUUGGCAUCUGCUGGCGGGCCUCUUCUCCAUCUCUGGGGUCUUGGUUGUGACCACAUGGCUGUUGUCAGGUCGUGCUGCGGUCAUCCCCCUGGGGACUUGGCGGCGACUAUCCCUGUGCUGGUUUGCAGUGUGUGGGUUCAUUCACAUGGUGAUUGAGGGCUGGUUCAGCCUCUACCACGAAGACCUUCUUGGAGACCAAGCUUUCUUGUCCCAACUCUGGAAGGAGUAUGCCAAGGGAGACAGCCGAUAUAUCCUGAGUGACAACUUCACGAUAUGCAUGGAGACCAUCACAGCUUGCCUUUGGGGACCACUCAGCCUAUGGGUGGUGAUCGCCUUUCUCCGCCAGCAGCCCCUCCGCUUUGUCUUACAGCUCGUGGUCUCUGUAGGUCAGAUCUAUGGGGAUGUGCUCUAUUUCCUAACAGAGCAGCGGGAUGGAUUCCAGCAUGGGGAGCUGGGCCACCCGCUCUACUUUUGGUUUUACUUUGUCUUCAUGAACGGCCUGUGGCUGGUGCUGCCUGGAAUCCUUGUGCUCGAUUCUGUAAAGCAGCUCGCUCAUGCCCAGAGCAUGCUGGACACCAAAACCACAAAAGCCAAGAGCAAGCUGAACUAAUAAGUAGUAGGCUGGGCUUGAACACUGUGAUGAGGAACCCUCCACCAGGAAGAAGAGUCCAGUCCUGCAGGUUGGAGGGACAAAGCAAAUUAAUCUGUCAAACUCGGGUUGAUGGGUAAGCACCAGAAGGGCCAGAGGCAGGGGCAAGAAAGGAGCUGUGUGGAGCUACAGCCAGGAGCCACUGGGACAAAGGUACAGAAGAAACUAGAAGGGCCAUGAUGGUGGCAGUUUUUAAAAUCAGGAAAUAAAAGAUCUUGACCCUAACACUAAGAGAUCUUUAAUUACUAACCCCAGAGAUGUCCUCUGACUGACCCCACAAGCCCCUCCCUUACUCAUUUCAAGGACCACCGUUCUCUCAGCCAUAGACCCCCCUCCAUCAUCAUCACUUAGGCUUCCAAUCUAUAACCUUAUAAACCCUAUCACUGACCCCACAGAGUCCCAUGAUGACUAAUUAAAUCCAUGAGAUACCCAUUAUCUCUCUUAAGAAGUGAUCAUCCAUUCACACCCUUGGUGUUCUCUCCAGAGCACACUUUCUCAUUUUUUGUAGAACUUUCCAAAUCUAUAAGUUCUUCAAUUUAUUCAACCUCGUGUCUCCUGAUCAGGUGCCCCAUAGACACCCCAUCAAUAACUCCACAGAUCUUUCUUCACUCACCUCAGACUCCCCCAUUACUCACUCCAAAGACACCCAUCAGUACCCUUAAGAUCCCCAUCACUCACCCUAGGGACUGCAAAAACUCACAAGACCCAUCACUCACUUCACAUACCCCAUAACUUAUCCCAAAAGACCUCCAGUCAGUCGUAUACCCUACAACCCCACGACUCACCCUGUAGACCCCCCCAUCAUGGAUAACACAGACCCUCUCAAGUCACCCCACAAAUCCCCUAUCAUUUACCCCAUAGGCUGUCAUUACUUACCCUACAAACCCCCAUACCUCGCCUUGCAGAAUUUGUCACCUCAUACCCCACAGGUCCCCAGUUACCCCACAGAUCUUCUAUCACCCCACAUCCUAUCAUCCUUCAGAUCACCUAUCAUGUAUCCACAGAUUCUCAUCAUUCAUCCCACGAAUAACCUCUCACCCUAUAGACCCACCCCCAUCGCUCCUCCCACAGUCCGGCUGUCAUUAACCUCAUAGACCUUGAGUCAUAAAACAGAUGGGUACUUGAGGAACUUUGAGGAGAUGACAAUGAAAAAAAACUGCAGAUACCUGUAGACUGGCUCCUGGUGACCUGUGCAGAACAGGACUUCAGUUCAAAUCCUGGUGCUGCUCAAGCCUACAGUAUAGUUUUGGAGAAAUGCCUGGCUGUUAAAGCCAAAGCCAAGCACAGCCAACUUUCUGGCCAUUGCACUUAACUCUCCAUGCCACUUACUAUCCCUUUGAUCUUGAGCAUGUUUCUCCUUGACCUUCAGUGCUUUCACAUGUAAAAUUCUCAUAAGGGUACCUACCUCAUUGGAUUUUUAUGCAGAUUAAAAGAAUUAAUAUAUGCAGAGCGCCUGGCAUACACUUUGUAUUUGUUGAAUGGAAGAAUAAAUAAAUGAAAGAGAAAGUUCUCCCCA